UUUAUUUAUGAGUUUUUUAAAACCACAAAAUUCUUUUCAAGGGAUUUUAAUUGAGUAAAAUAGCAUAUUAGAUUGAGCCACAUGAAAUUGCUGUUUUUAUGGGCCAAAAAGGUUAAUUAUCAGCCAAUUCAUAUGAUUCAAUCUCAUUUUUCUGGAAGAAUGUUAUAUAAUACUUGCUACUUUUGGAAGAGUGAAUUUUUAAAAUUUCAGUAUGUAUUUCCCUCAAGUGAAAUUAGCAAAUUCUGUGUCAUCCUAGGAACAGCUGGAUUUUAUGAUAUUGUAGCAAAGAAAAAUGUAUUAAGUCAACUAAGGUGGCUGGUGCUCCUAACCUGGUGAGUUUAUAAGCAUCAGUGAAAUACACAGCAUUUUUCUGGGCUGAUUGUCAAUUUUUUUUUUAAAUCUGUAAGUGCUUUUUAUCUUUUUAUGAGUUAUGAAAAAUAUUUAAGGUUUAUGCCUACUUUGCUUGCUUAGAGACAUUGGACAUAACAAUAAUUAAAAGUAGCCCCAUAAAAAACAACCAGGUAACUUUUAAUGCUAAUGAGAUGGGGUUUUUUGUUUGUUUUGCCAGAGCCCAACUCGAUUUUUAUGUAAAAGUGAGGAACUAGAACACUGAGAUGAUUUAUUACAGGAAGGGUUUUAAUAGGGUUUGGUUUCAGUGAGCUCGUGUGUGACAAAGCAAAUUGAUGGCAGUGAUAGGCUAGUGAUGUCAUUGUGAUGUCAGUACCCCUACUCACCCCGCACGGGCUUGCUGGUUUGGAACACUUUUUGUGAACCCGCGGCAGGGGAAGCCAGGCGGUGCUGUAUGCAGAAGCCCAUCAUGGCUGUAACUGGGGAUGAAACAGCUGCCACUGGCGACAUGCCGACUUACCAGAUCCGAGCUCCGACUACGGCUUUGCCACAGGGAGUGGUGAUGGCUGCCUCCCCCGGAAGCCUGCACAGUCCCCAGCAGCUCGCAGAGGAAGCGACUCGCAAACGAGAGCUGAGGCUCAUGAAAAACAGGGAAGCUGCCCGGGAGUGUCGCAGGAAGAAGAAAGAAUAUGUCAAGUGUCUUGAAAACCGCGUGGCUGUGCUUGAAAACCAAAACAAGACCCUCAUUGAGGAACUCAAGGCCCUCAAAGAUCUUUAUUGCCAUAAAGCAGAGUAACUGUCUUUGGCUUGGACCUUGUUUGCUCUGAACUCUAAUCAAGGCAGGAGGUGCAGCCAUGCUACUAAUUGCCAUGUGGAAUGACUUGUGGAAGGGACCCCAGUGACCCUUGAGAACCCAGUUUGGCUUUAGUGUUUGAAACUGAAUGAGACCUCUUGUCCCAGGAUGGGGAACGCAACCAUGAUCAUACUUCCCAAGCCUCCUUCAGCCUCCUUGUCAGUAGCGUGCAUGCGAAAAAAUGUUUUGUUUGCCCUUUUGCUUUCUAUUUUCUUUCAGGGAAGCUGCUAAAGAAUGUCGACGUCGAAAGAAAGAAUAUGUCAAGUGUCUGGAGAGUCGAGUUGCGGUGCUGGAAGUUCAAAACAAGAAGCUUAUAGAGGAACUGGAAACCUUGAAAGACAUUUGCUCUCCCAAAACAGAUUAGUAGAAAUAUUUAACUAUGAACUGAUUACAACCUGUACAGUUGCUUUUGAAGGCAAUACAAUAUAUAGCUGGCAAGAAUUAUGGCUUUUUUUUCCUCCUUUGUAUCAUUCAGCGUAUUUUCUAAUCUCUAACAUUCCCAAACUGCUUCACUGUACGUAGUUAACUCUUAGCUAUAACUUCAAUUUUUUUUUUAAAGAGACAAACUGUAAAAAAAAGUCUGUAACAGAUUCUUAAAAUGCAAUAUUUGUAAGACUUGUUCCAAUGCCACAUAUUUGCAGUUCCCAAUCUUUGUGUCAUGAAUAGUGUCCUAUGCAAUAAAAAUUUUUGCAGAUCUUUAAAAAUCAUUUUAGGAAAGGGUGAUCAAAGAUAAAUGCAUCCAGCAGUACAAUAAAAAUAAACCACAAAAAAUACCUCAGGAGAGAAUGGAGAGAAAGGAAUGGAAAGAAUCUAGUGACAUGCCUAUGUGAAAAUAAUAGCCUAUAAAUGAAUUUAUGGCAUUUGCAGAUUUUUAUAUUGGUUGCUUUGUAAAGAAAAUAUUGUAUUGCUGUCCUUGAAUGCCAGAGUUGACAACAGUUUUUAAUAGAACCAUGUUGGUUACA